AGUACCCCACUCAGAUAAGUUCACACGAUGAUUCUCUAAUGGACGAUACUCCUUGUCCCAAACGCCUUGCUCUGGCAUCGAUAAUGGCUACAAAGCCCUUGUAUUCAUCACUGAUCUGGUAUACUAUUCAAUACUUUGCAUUAUUAUACGACUACACUAGCUCUAUGGUCAAUUGA